CAACACUGGAUGCGUGUUUUUAACGUUGCAGGAUGAUGCGCGAGGAUCCCCGGGUGGUGCUGAACGUUGCUCACACUGUGGUGAAGAGGGUCUCGCCUUUCGUCCGGCAGAUUGACUUCGCCCUGGACUGGAUGGCUGUUGAGGCUGGCCGUGCUGUUUACAGACAGGGGGACAAGUCAGACAGCACCUUCAUCGUGCUGAGUGGCCGACUCCGCUCUGUCAUUGCAAAGGAUGAUGGGAAAAAGGAGCUGGCUGGAGAGUAUGGCCGUGGGGAUCUCAUUGGUGUG